ACGUGGGACAGUGCGUUUGUGUCAUGCCGAAUUUGUUGUCAAGUGUUUGUGUUUUUAAUGUCAGUAGUUCUAUUUUGACAUAUUUUUGACAUUACUUGUGUGGGAUAUUGGACAGUAACUGUGACGACUUAUCAUGAUGCCGGGGGAGAAUCUUUCUAAAAUCGCUUCAGGAGCAACUACUGGAGCCUGUCAAAACUGCACUGUGCUUCACCAGAACCUAAACGAAUAUGUGGCAGCUCUCCUGGUUUUGAAACAGACAACUAUUGACUCCGAUCACCUGCUGAGUGAAUAUCAAGGGAAGCUUCAGAGAUCCCAGAGGGAGACCAGUAAGCAGCGUAUACAACUUGAUGAUCUGCAGUUGAAAGUAGCUUCUCUGGGAAAGCAACAUGCAGAGUACGAAGCCAUGCGGGCAGAGCUGGAGGCUAAGCAGAGCGCUGAGAAGUUGUCCCAGCAGCUUUUGGAGGAAGUGGAGAGGCUGAAGGAGCAGAACAACAACACAGAGACUCUAAAGAAGAGACUUGAGGACCAGCUGAAGAUGGUAGCAGAGACAACAGAGAAGCAGUGUGUGGAUAAUGUCCAGCUGAGACAGGAGAAGACGGCACUGCAGAAAGACCUGCUGAAAACACAGGUGUCGUUGAAGACAUGCCAGAAGGUAGCAGAGGAAGUGCAGCGGUUGAAGGAGGACAACGCCAGGACAUCCGUUCUAAAAUACGACCUGGAAAAACAACUUGUACUGUUUCAAGAUUCUCAACUCAAGCAAGAGCGUGACAUUACCAGGCUGAAAACAGAGAAGAUUGUACUGGAGAACAAGCUUCUACAUCUUCAGGAACGACUAGAGAAACUGGAGACGGAGAAGAAUAAAG